UUUUAUGUUUUUGUGGUAAGACAUGAAUUGCAUGUAUUUUAUUUUAUGGCUCAUGAAUGUAUAAACUUUCAAUUGGUUUAGUUUAACUCUUAACUUAAACGGAAUAAGUCAAAUCUGAAAUAGUGUUGACUUUAGAUUGUUAGAGACUACUAGUUUGAAUUUGACUUUAAAUUUAUCAAUACCCGCUUGGUUUAAGUUAAUUAAAUCAACAGAAAUAUAGAAUAUUAAUUUGAACAAUUGUUUUCUGGUCGCAUUCCUACGAAAUGUUAAAGUUUUUCUUUGUAGACACCUAUGUUAAAUUUCAAACCGUAAACAAUGUUAAGGAAAGCUCACAUUUCUGAGCUUUUUGUGUUGUGAAAUUUACCGGGUAUCGGCCGUGUAUAAAAAGAAUUGUAUCUCUUUCAAAACAACAAGAUAGUUGAUAACUGCGAUAUCUUGAAGAAAUGACUCUUGUGAGGACCCUUAGCAUUGACAAUAACUUCAUUCCGUGGCUGUUGUGGAGACCAGCGAGAAAGGCGGGGGAAUCACCGCCGGAUAAUUUCACAUUCGAUGGGCCACAGGUGGUGGCGUUUCAUUUCGCGGCCAAUUGGCACGGUGAUAACCUGAACAAGUGGAAAUCUCUUAUCGAUGAGGUGGCACAGCAGUUCGCCGGUCGGGUUCUCUUCGGCCUGAGAGACAUUUCCAGCAUAGCGCAGUUCAAUAGUAAUUUAAAUCCGGAAGACUUUGGCAGCUACAGGAAGGGAUUGCCCCCGCGGAUCUAUGGCAAGGAUUGCGAGGGCCGAGUCUACGAAAUGCACAAGCUGGUCAGCGCGAAGUACUUGAGAGAAUUUUGCGACCAGCUGCUGAAGGAGCAACUCUUCCAGGCCGUGGUCGUGGGCCCCACUGCUGCACAGGAUUCAGCGCCAAGGAACUACUUCGAACUCCGGGAGCAGUGCAGCGGCGACAUGCUGGUAAUGCUCUACGACCCUGCCUGCUACUACUGGCCCAUCCAGCAGCGGAAGCUGCGCAAACUGGUCCGCCUUCUCAGCGAGGAUCUGCCCAUUAUGGUCGUAGACAAGGCGAACCAAUACCUGGGCGUGGGCUUCACCCGCUGGCUGCAGAUGAUCAACUGCCACGGCUCUACCAUUUUCUCCUCGCCACGUCGCGAUGGCUGGGACAUUAAGCUGCAAACGCGGCUGGAGAGCACUCGUGGCUAUCUGCGCUACAUUGCCCGGAACAGGCAGCCGGAACUGAGGGACUAUGACGGCGAUGGGGAGCCCAGGGGACCAGAAGAAGCCCUAGAGUUCAUUAAAUGUUUGUUUUAGACCUAGCCAUUUAUUAAUCGGAAUUCAAACUACGUCUGGAAUCGCUCUAGACACCCAAAAUGUUUACCAAAAUUACCGGAAAUCAGUACGCUUAGUUCGGUUUGAAGAUAA